AUGGUAGCUGCCAGCAUGUCAUCGUCUGGGCUACGACCUCAUCCUCAAUCACAAACUCCGGCAACAAAUCUGUAUAUGGAAUCUGUUUCCAGGACUUUGAAUGGGACUGCAGGUACAUGUCAAAGAAUCAGCAUUGCUGGAUACAGUUCUUUACAGCAAGAUAUUCAUCAAGGAAAUGAGUGCAUCCCAUAUCAAGAGAGAUCCAUUGCUGAAUCUUUUGAUGUGGGAAAUAAAGCCCUAUCUCAAAAAAUUUCUCUGCCAACUCCAGAUAAGGCUAAACAUCUCGAAGUCAGGGGUUCAAAGAGACAGCAUGAUCGUGCGAUGGCACAUAUGCCAAACUCAGUAGCACGUUGGCCCUUGCGCCAACAGAUUGCAUCACAAGAUGUGGACAGACAGAACAGCAGCACGUGUGCGAAACAUUUAAAUGCUGCAAAGAAAAUGAAAAUCCAGAAAGCAGUCCAAGAAAAUAUGCAUAGCGUGGCUCCUGAGGUAAUAGGAUAUCGAGGAUGA